AGUUUGUCCCUUCUCGCAUGCGGUAGCUCACGAACCCAACCACCUGUUUUAAAAUGUGUGUAGCUAACGUUGACUUAGGUUGCUAAUGAAUCAAUUAAUUCGUCUGUAAUGUUUAUUCUAUAGCUGCUAGAUUAAUCUUUUACAAGAGUUAUGUUAGCAUUUUGCUAAAUAUCCGUCUACUAUUCACACAAUAAACUGUUAGUUAGAAGAGCUAGGAACCAUAGCUGGUAUUAGCUGUAACGCUAGCGAAAGCACUAGCAGUCAACCAAGGGAGUUUUACAUUCGUUUUAUCGGUUAGAUAAUACGAGUUACUAGUUCUAAACAUGUCGGCGGAUAAUGACAAGAAACGCAGCAAAAAGCGAUACGCUUCUAGCCGCGGGAAUAAGCGCUAUAAGGGGUGUAGGGAGUUGGAGGUGGGCAUGCAAGGGAUCAUUAUCACGUGUAACAUGAAUGAAAAGAAAUGCACUUCGGAGGCAUACAGCCUGCUAAACGAGUAUGCAGAUAAACUGUACGGACCCGAGAAGAUAGAAGAUUGUGACGGAAGUAACAGCGAAGAGGAAGAUGAUGCAGAAGCAGCUCUGAAGAAGGAGGUUGCUCAGCUCAAAAAAAAGGGGAAAGGGGAGAAGCGCUUCCAGGCUCUGGACAGUGGAGCGAACAAUGUUGUAUUCAUUAGGACCCACAAUGUGGAACCUGACAAGUUGGUACAUCACGUCCUGUCUGACCUCCAUGCCACUAAGAAGAAUAAGUCCCGCAACAUUCUCAGGAUGCUUCCAGUCAGUGGAACAUGUAAGGCCUUCCAGGAAGACAUGGAUAAGUAUCUGAUCACGUUCCUGGAGCCGUGGUUCAAACCCCCCAAUCAUGCCACCUUCCAGAUUGCCUUCAAGGCGCGAAACAGCAGCCAUAACAAGCGGGAUGACAUCAUCAAAGCCGUUGCAGGCCUGGUGGGGAAGAUGAACCCAGAGAACAAGGUUGAUUUGACCAACCCUGAGCUUACCAUCAUCGUCGAGGUCAUCAAGACGGUGUGCUGCCUCAGCGUGGUGCCAGACUACGCCCUCUACAGGAAGUAUAACCUGCAGGAAGUUGUCAAAGAGGACGCUCCAAAGGCCGAUGCUGCUGACAAGAGAGCAGACCAGAAGGCGACCGACCAGGGCGACAGCGCAGACGUUGUUAAAGCAGAAGAACAGACUGAUAAACAAGCAGAGGACAUUAAAGUGCCCGAAAAUGACAAAUUGGUUGAGGCGGCGACAGAAGAUAAGAAGUGAUGAUUUAAGGGAGAGGGACAAUUUUAUUUUAACAUUGAAGGUUGUAGAAACCAAGACAACAUUUUCAGCCCCUUGUUAUUUCUUUUUUUAUUACAAAACUGUUAGUAAAUCAUUUGAACAGGUUUUUCCUACAUCAAUAGUUUUCUCUGUGUGUGUGAUUAUUUUGGUUUAUACCCUUGAAACCUCUGUACAUUUUGUGUGUGAUAGUGUAGUUUACCAAAAGGUAACUCUAAAAUUAAAGAGGCUUUUAGUUUGAUUUCUGUUUUGUUUGUUUUUUUUCAAAAAUUUAUUUUGAACAGUACAAAAAAACGUUGCUUCCGUUCAGAGCCCAUAUUAAUAGACUGGCCCACUUUUGUAGAUGAAGGAAAUUGUCAAUUAGUUGUAUACCAGUACAGUUGCAGGCCCAAAUUCUUUUUUCCUGAUAUGACAAUAGCCUACUCAUUGAGGGAUCAAGAGCAAAUGUUUGGGAGCAGACCAGUAGUUAUUUCUUCUGUAAGCCACAAGGUGGGGUAAACAGUCAUUGCGAUGAGGUUGAGAUUUAGGUGUAAUGCUAGUUUGAUGUAUCAUUAAUCCAUUUAAAGUGAUUCGGCCCGAUUUAUUGGGACCAAACAGACAUUUUUAUAUUGCUGAACCGUUUAAUAGCUAUCCGAGUGUUGAAACCGCCCUACUUGCCCUGUGCUCAUGUUUUGCAGACAUGGUUAAUGGGGUCGUUGGCUAAUUGGGCCACACCUAUUUCACAUUUCCCCUUGCAAGUUUAAUUUCACACUUUCAAUUAAUAAACAAUUUAAUUGUU